UUUUCAGUCAAACAACGGUAGUUUUAAACAAUGAAGCUCGUUACCUGGAAUAUAAAUGGCAUAAGGACGUUUAAAGGCAGCAUUAAAAAUGCUCUUGAUUCACUGGAUGCUGAUAUUAUCUGUGUUCAAGAGACAAAAGUGACAAGAGACUUGCUUGAUGAAAGAACUGCCAUUGUUGACGGCUACAACUCCUAUUUCAGCUUCAGUCGAGGACGCAGCGGCUAUUCAGGGGUUGCCACUUACUGUAAAGACAGUGCCACUCCAUUCGCUGCUGAGGAGGGUCUCACGGGUCUGCUCACCAACCAUGAAGGGGCUGUUGGAUGUUACGGGGACCAGGCUGAGUUCUCCAGUGAGGAGCUGCAGCUUCUGGACAAUGAAGGACGAGCCGUUAUCACACAGCACAGGAUCAUGUGUCAGGACAAAGAGAAAACUCUUACUGUAAUCAACGUAUACUGUCCACGGGCUGACCCUGAGAAGCCAGAGCGAAAACGGUUCAAACUUCAGUUCUACGAGUUGCUUCAGUGUCGGGCUGAGGCUUUACUGAUAAAUGGCAGCCAUGUGAUUGUUUUAGGAGAUGUUAACACAUCUCACCGGCAAAUAGACCACUGCGACCCCAGUGAUAUUGAUGAUUUUGGGGAAAACCCCGGGAGGAAAUGGCUGAAUAGCUUUUUGCACAGCGGAGAACAAGAAGAGGGAAUGACUGAUGAGGAUCAUGUUGAAGAAUCGGAAGUAACCUCAACAGAUCCAGUCCACGGUGGGAAAUUUGUGGACACCUUUCGCUAUUUCCACCCAACUCGCACCAACGCCUUCACAUGCUGGUCCACUCUGACCGGAGCGCGGCAGACCAACUAUGGCACACGCAUCGACUACAUAUUCGCUGACUGCCAGCUCGCCAAGGAGCAGUUUGUGGCAGCGGACAUCAUGCCGGAGGUGGAGGGGUCAGACCACUGCCCCGUGUGGGGGAAACUGAGCUGCCCUGUCCUGCCGAGUUCAAAGCCUCCUCCGCUCUGCACGCGCUACCUGCCAGAGUUUGCUGGCAAGCAGCAGAAACUUUCCCGCUUCCUCGUGAGGGUGGACCAAAAAUCAGCUCAGUCUGAGCAGCGGGAUGCAUUACCUGGAUCUCAAGAAGAGGAGGAAAGGAGGGAGAAUUUAAAUCCAUCCGGAGCUGGAAACAUCUCCGGUAAAAAACGGUUGUUAACAUCAGACUCUGUUGUCCCAAAAGGGAAAAAGACGAAGACAGUAAAGACUUCUUCAAAGCCACAGGGCAACCUCCUUUCCUUUUUCAAACCUAAACAUACAAAUGUUGUUCCCUCUACUGACGCCACUGUAAGGCAGUGUGAAAAAACCAACGGCGAGGACAAAGUUACCUCAUCACAGAACUCCCAAAAAGAGUUCACAAGCGAGGACGCAUCCUCAGUCACAAGCAGCGUACCUGCAGAUACUGAGCUUGAGUUUGAUGGUUCACCACAGCUGCUGAAACAAAAUGACAAACAGAUGAAAACAACACAUUCACACCCACAGCCGACUGUGGGAUGCUCAAAUGCCAAAAAAGGGGCCUCGUCAGUGUUUUGGAAGUCAGUGCUUCAUGGACCUCCGCCGCCCCCCUCUUGUAAGGUCCACAGGGAGCCCUGCGUGCUUCGUACUGUGAAAAAAGAGGGGCCAAACAUGGGCAAACAGUUCUUUGUAUGUGCUCGUCCUCAGGGACAUUCCUCCAACCCCGAGGCUCGCUGUAACUUCUUUUUGUGGGUUGAUAAGGGGAAGUGACGCGUUUACUGUUCUGAACAAAAGUUGCUUUUCCAGAAUCAUCACUAAAACUUUUAUCUUAACCAAAAAGCUUAAACUUUUACACAGACGUUUCAUAAUUUCACUCAUUUUAAUUGUUGACUGUGUUGUUUUUUCUUUGUUAAAUAAUA